UCACGCUGUAAUUUUCGGCUAGUGGGUGGAACCUAAGCCUCCUUCCAUCCUUCUCAUUGGUGAGCUGCAGUAGACUGAGACUUUAUUUCAAGUUUUUAUCUCAAUCUACAAGGUAAUCUCUGUAAGAAUUGGUGCUCUGUGAAUUUCCCAGCAGGGCGGGGGAGGGGAGAGAUAAUCUCUGAGCUGUUGAGAAAAGAAUGCAGAAGGAGAAAGGGGAGGAAAACACUUUUGAAAAGCUGUGAAUUUUCCUCAAGGGUUUACUUUCAGACAAGUGGCUACUAAUUAUUAAAUGGGACACACAUGAAAGUAAGCAACUGCACAAGGAAGUGAAGCUAAAGACUGUAAAUUUGUGCUUCUGUACGUGUGAUUUGUAUUCUUAAAUACCUCAGCAUGAUUGUAGGAAGAAAAAUCAUUGGCACCAUGGAGUCAGUCUGGUGAUCUUUCAGAUCACGAUAAAAUGAAAAGGCAUUAUGUUCUUCAGAGGCUCGUGGUGUGAUGGUCAAGAAGAUGCACUAAUCAUCCCAACAUAAAAGGUGUAGACACUUGGAUGCAUUUCAACAGGUUUCUUUAAAACAUCAAGUGCAGCAAAGAACUCUUAGGUGGAAGGAAGAAGAAACCAUUGGCCUAGUUCUGAACUAGAGCCUUUUUGGGAAUACCCGUUGGGACAUCAAGAAGAUAACAGAAGGUGCAACAGAAUGACCGUGGUCCAGGAACUCCUUCGGGCCAGAAACCUGCUACUCGUUAUCCUUAUUCCACUCUUGUUGCUUCCUUUGCCACUCACGUACCCCAGUAGCGAAGCCUCAUGUGCCUAUGUGCUGAUAGUGACGGCGAUAUACUGGGUUUCAGAGGCAGUGCCUCUCGGAGCGGCAGCUCUUGUUCCUGCUUUCCUCUAUCCACUGUUUGGCGUCAUGAAGUCCAGUGAGGUGGCUGGAGAAUACAUCAAGAAUACCACAUUGCUUCUCAUGGGAGUAAUUUGUGUAGCAGCCUCUGUGGAAAAGUGGAACCUACACAAACGGAUCGCCUUGCGUAUGGUGAUGAUGGCAGGAGCAAAGCCUGGCAUGUUGCUCCUUUGUUUUAUGUGCUGUACCACAAUCUUGUCCAUGUGGCUUUCCAACACCUCUACCACAGCCAUGGUGAUGCCCAUUGUUGAAGCAGUGCUACAAGAGCUAGUGAAUGCUGAGGAAGAUCGGGAGGUGAACAGUGCCACAGGCAACGCUGUCCUAGAAGACAGAGAGACAAUAGGUCUCGGUGACAAACAUGGGCAAACCUCAUUGGAACUCAUUUUCAUCAACGAGGAUGCGACAACUGCUGACUUCAACUCUCUGAUGCAUUCAAAGAACAUGAAUGGUGUGCAUAUGAUAGCUAACACAAUUGGAACGGUGAAUUCCAAACCAAAUGGACAGCAUCGCGCUCAGGCUCAGAUCCUUGUCCUGCCACCCCAGCCUCAAAAUGUGGACCGUGAUGGUAAACUCCAGUAUCCAUCCAAGCAUGAUCGUAUGGUCUGCAAGUGCCUUUCUCUGAGCAUCUCCUAUGCAGCAACCAUUGGUGGACUCACAACCAUCAUUGGCACCUCCACCAACCUCAUCUUCCUGGAAUAUUUUAACAACCAUUAUCCCAAUGCUGAUGUAGUGAAUUUUGGAACCUGGUUUUUAUUCAGCUUACCCAUCUCCCUCAUCAUGUUGGUGCUGACCUGGUUCUGGAUGCACUGGCUUUUCCUGGGCUGCAAUUUUAAAGAAACAUGCUCAAUAAGCAAGAAGAAAAAGACCAAACGGGAAGAGAUGUCGGAGAAGAGAAUCCAAGAAGAAUAUGAAAAACUGGGAAAUAUUAGCUAUCCCGAGAUGGUGACUGCUGUCUUUUUUAUCUUGAUGACGUUGCUCUGGUUUACAAGGGAGCCUGGAUUUGUACCAGGCUGGUCCUCUUUAUUUGAGAAGAAAGGCUAUCGGACAGAUGCCACAGUUUCUGUUUUCCUUGGGUUCCUCCUAUUCUUGAUUCCAGCAAGGAAACCGUGCUUUGGGAAAAAAGCAAAAGGAGAUGUCACAAAUUCUACAGACGUUAACUCAGGAGGUGCAAUCAUCACUUGGAAGGACUUUGAGAAAACAAUGCCAUGGGAGAUUGUUGUUCUGGUUGGAGGAGGUUAUGCUUUAGCAGCUGGCUGCAAGAAUUCUGGUCUUUCCACAUGGAUUGGGCGGCAGAUGUUGUCCUUGAGUAGCCUUCCUUCUUGGGCUGUCAGUCUGCUAGCCUGCCUCCUGGUAUCCAUAGUAACGGAGUUUGUCAGUAACCCAGCCACCAUAACAAUCUUCUUGCCUAUUUUAUGCAGUAUGUCAGAAACUCUGCAAAUCAACCCUCUGUACACCCUGAUCCCUGUCGCUAUGUCCAUCUCUUUUGCAGUGAUGCUACCAGUGGGCAACCCUCCAAAUGCCAUUGUCUUCAAUUAUGGACACUGUCGGAUCAAAGAUAUGAUCAAAGCUGGCUUUGGUGUCAACGUGAUUGGUCUAGUGGCUGUGGUGUUGGCCAUAAAUACCUGGGGAAUUAGACUCUUUGAAUUGGAUAAGUUUCCAGAAUGGGCUAUAACUGGCAACAUCACUGGCCCACUGUAAGGAGAAAUUUUAAAAAACAAUACCACUGGAGCAUCGUAUUUGCACAUACAUCAAGAAAGGAAGACACUUGAGUAUAUAUUCAUUCAGCAGCCAGAACUGAAUAAGAAGUUAACCUUAGCUGAGGUUCUCCAAAGGAUCAUCAUAUCUUCACCAUCUAGUACUUUCCUUAUUUUUCAAGACUAUAAUGGAAUGGAUUUGUUCUCCUUUUCCCUUCCUGUUAUUUCCACAGAAAAUUCAUCACUAGAACAUUUAACCAAUAUUCUUUUUUACUUGAUGAAUUAUAUACUUAACUCAUAGUGGCUAUAGUCCUGCAUUUAUAGAUUGUUUUAAAGGGUGUAUUUAUAUGUAUAUACAUACAUUUUUUUAAAAUGUAGAAAAUUGUAUAUGGUUAUUUUAUAAGAAUCAUGAAUUAUUUGAGCAUCAGAUUGAUCCAGGGAAGAGGGAGACCUGCAUCAGGGUCUCAAGCAUUACCGGUCAGCAGUAAAAGCUUGGGAAACAUACGCUGUCCAAUCUCACAGUAAAAGUUUAUAUUUUUUAAAUUAUAUUUUCUGUAUUAGUGAAAUCACAGCAUGGAUUUGGGGCAAUUUUUUGCUAUCUGUUCCCAAAUAUCUACUUCUUUUUGUGUGCGUUACUUUAUGAUCAACAAAACUGACCAUAAUAUCCAGCCUAGGGAAAAGCCCUGAAGAGUUUUGCUGACUUUUUUGUGACUUUUUAUUUGGGGCCAAUAAAGAUAUUAUUCUGCUGAUCUUUGGUUACAUGGGCCAAUGUCGUUGCCAUUCAUUUGGAAAAUGCACCGAUGCAUUCUAAAGGUUUUUGUUUUUCUAAACAUUUUCAUUGAAAAAAUCAUGAAUUGUUUCCCUGCAGUCAUUUUUUUUCUCGCAGGUUCAGACUCAGUGGGCAAAAUAUCUAGAUGGCUUGAUUAUUCCCCAAUAGCAGAGCACCUGCAGCUUCUGGUGAUCAUUAGCUUGCUGACACUUAUUCUAGCUUCUGGGCCUCUCCAAUAAUGUGCCAAAAUUUUCUUUUUUAAAA